AUGGAAGAGCUGUUGUCUUUUAAUCCCCUCGAUAGCCCAUUUGCCAUUCAGUCUCCUGUUGGCAAACUGUAUGAUUUUUUGGACGAUCCGGAGUCUUUUCCGCUCGAUGAAAGUGCAAGUAUCUGGGGCUUCGAUCCAGCAUCACUUGAUCUGACGAACUACUUAACUUCACCUUCCCCGGAGUGUGUCGAGUAUGGCAGCCCAAGUGAAUCACAGAGUAUAAUUCCGGAACACUUUGGACCUGGUUGCUGGCUGUCGUUAUGCUCCUCUUCUGGUCUUGCCUGGGUGCAGCAGGCGCAUGGCACAGGUGAUUUCGCAACUAUCGCCGGAGAUCUAACUGCAGCUUGGGCAAAGCAGCUAAGACUUGAGAGGAACGAACCAACCAUACGAAGUGCAGAACCAGAACAAAGACUUGCCCUGGAAUAUGUUGACGCUUACUUCAAGCGUUCUGUGGAUUCCUUAUUUGAAGCCAUUCAUCAAUUAGAUUUCCAGCAACAACUGCGAAGUCAUUUUGAAAACCCAAAUCCAAACGAGGAUCCGGUGUCUUAUGCUAUCCGGAACACAGUCUACGCUUCUGGCUGUCGUCUGCAUAGUUCUGCCAAUUACGCCGCAAGUUUUGACGCUAUUCAAAAGGAGGCAUGGGGCUAUUUUUCAAACGCCUUGUCGGUUCACAGCGAACUACUACUGAGGAGCCCUUCCAUUGGAGCUGUCCGAGCGUUAUUGGCAAUGGCACUCUUUGCGGAAGGGCUCGGCAGUCCAGCCCUUGGAUCUGGGCUUAUUGCAAAUGCUGCACUUGUGGCACAGGCUCUGGGACUUCAUAAAAGGGUUACCUGCGUCGAAGCGACCUCAAAAGGUGACGGCUUGAAAAACACAUGGCUUUUUUGGGCUGUAUACUGUUGUGAAAAGAAUAUCUCACGAAGGAUUGGUCGCUCGUCGGUAAUCGUCGACGACGAUGUGACCUGUGAGAUCCCCAUAAUGGCUCAUCCAAAUAGCGCGCUCGACCCUAUUUUCUUGACAAGCAUAAUCCAGAAUUGUCAAAUCUCGAGUGGAAUUUGCAAGGCACUCUCAGCCAGAGGCCUGCACGACCAACCUGCCAGAUUGCUAGAAAUCGUAAGGAAGUACAAUCAGGAGCUGUUGUCCUGGGAAACUUCUCUAGCCGCAGAAAUGCGACCGAGGACUUGCUACAAGUACAACGACGACGUUCAACUCUCAAGGACCCUGGCAAUCAUCUUGCUACAUUGCUCCUUUUGCGAUCUCUUGAUGAUACUAAACGCCCCCUUUGCCUACCCAUGGAUAAACAGUGGUUUCCGCAAAGACUCAAAUGGUGAGACGAAGAUUGCUGCACAAAUCAGUGAAAGCUCGGCGACGAUAGUUGAGUCUGCGAGAAAGAUCAUAGUUAUGACCAGACACUUUGAUCUAAACGGAGCAAAUACGCAUUCUUUCAUGUUGCAUUACCCAAUGCACGCUUUCAUAAAUUUAUUCAUUCAUGUCCUGAAAAGUCCAGCAUCUGCUUCCGUUCGAUCGGACAUGGCACUAUUGGAUGUUGCUGUCGGCUACUUCGGACAGCUGGAUUUCCUCACUGGAUCAAAACUAGAAUUCCCAUUUGCGCGAGACAUCGCGGUAUUUGCCCGGCGAACUGUCGACAACUAUCCAGGUCAUCCAUCCCAGAGUACGGGAAUCAGAGGAAGUGGCAAACAAUGA